GUCAGAUCAUCCCUCUCUCUGCUCUACGCGUCGUGCAAAAAAAGCAAAAAAGAAAAUGAAAGGGGAUCGAAUCGAAGGUACUAUCAGACCUGUGGUGGUGUCCAAGACGACGACGACCAACCCAAGCUCAUCAUCAUCGUCGUAUCUUGUCAACAGGUGAACGGUACAGCGCUUGCAGUGCUUAGUCCUCAUCACACGGUUACUCUUCAUACAUGCCGUCGACCGCUACCUGCUCAUCAUCAUCCCAACAUCACCCUUCCGACCUCCCUAGCCUCUCGUCCACCGUUGCAGGUACAUCGGCAUCCUCUUCCAUGCCUGCGUCUCCGAAUGCAGGUUCGAGCUCUGAUCCAAAGAUCGAAGAUGGAGAUGCAGAUGCUGAGAAAGUCGAUGUAAAGGCUCAAGUGGAGGAAGAACUCAAGGCGGAGGGCGAAGGAGAUGUCGAGGCGUCAGCUCGAGCUGCUAGACUCAAUUUCCUGUUGGAAAAGUCCACCAUCUACGCCAAGAUCAUUGGUGAUCGGAUGGAGAGGCAACAGGUCGAGAAACGAAAAGCAGAGCAACGGGCAGCUGUGCGGAAAGAGAACAAGGAGAAAAAGGGAGAUACGGGACCUACGAGAGGUGGACUGAGGGCUCAUGAAGGACCGGAGAAGAGGGAUGAAAAACCUGGCAGCAAGCGGAAGAGAAAGAGUGAAGGAGGUAGAGAGGAGAAGAAAGCCAAGGUGGAAGACACUGGUAUGGACGUCGAGACGAAGCCAGAGACCAACGGGGAAAGCUCCGCAAUCAAGAAAGAGGAGCAGACUGGGGAGCAGGACGACGGCGCGGAAGCUGAAGACAACGGGCAGUAUACCUUUUCUCAACCGUCCUUGAUCACUGGUGCCAAAUUACGAGACUACCAAUUGGCAGGGGUCCAGUGGAUGAUCUCACUGUAUGAGAAUGGACUGAACGGAAUAUUGGCCGAUGAGAUGGGGUUGGGCAAGACCCUCCAAACUAUCUCCUUCCUGGCCCAUCUUCGGUCAAAAGGUACUUGGGGUCCGUUCCUCAUUGCAUGUCCAUUAUCUGUGCUCAACAACUGGAUCAUGGAGUUUGAGAAGUUUGCACCGAGCAUUCCCGUCCUCAUGUAUCACGGCACACCCGAGCAUCGAGCGGAUCUCCGUGCGACGCGUCUCUCGCCUCCCGUCGCCGCUGGUGUCGAAUCGAUGAAGAAAGGAAAAGGACGUGGACGUUAUAGCACCGGCUCGAAUCGAGCAGGCGCCAAUACGACCGCUACGUUUCCUGUCGUAGUGACGACAUAUGAAAUGUGCAUGAAGGAUCAGAAGUUUCUCAGCGGAUUCAUGUGGAAGUUUAUCGUCGUGGACGAGGGCCAUCGUUUGAAGAACCUGGAUUGCAAGUUGAUUCGGGAGCUCAAGUCGUACACCUCUGCAAAUCGAAUGAUCCUCACGGGAACUCCAUUGCAUAACAACCUCGCCGAACUGUGGUCUCUUUUGAACUUUAUCCUGCCUGAUAUCUUUGACGAUCUUGACAGUUUCCAACAGUGGUUCAACUUUGACGACAUGAAUUCCUCCCCGGACAAUUCUGGACUUUUAAACAAGUCCUCCAUCGUUCAGUCCCUCCAUGAGAUCCUCAAACCUUUCCUCCUUCGACGCCUCAAAGUUGACGUGGAGAAGGAGUUACCGCCGAAAAAGGAGUACCUCUUGUACGCCCCCUUAACACAGACCCAAAAGGACAUCUACCAGGCUAUCGUUUCGGGUCAAAUCAGACAAUACCUUGUGGAUGUGAAGCGGAAGCAACAUGGUGGAGAGGAACCGGAGGAAGAGAGAGAACCUACGCCAGAGCUUGAUCAUGAGCCUGCGGUGGAUUCUGGCGAGGGUCGAAAGAUUCGAAAGACCAAAAAGGUCAAUUACAAGAUUGAAGAGAAUGACUCAAAGUACAUUAGAGAUCUAGAGAACGGCCUGAAGAAGGACGAGCCAAAUGGCGUCGAGGAAAAGAGUGCAGCUCAGAUUGGCAAGGAAUGGGCGUUGAAGCAGGCCACCAAGCACGUCAACAACAUGCGCCUGCAAAAUCUCGUCAUGCAAUUGCGGAAAAUCUCCUCUCAUCCGUUCCUCUUUGACUGGCCAGUAGACGAAAAGACCAACGAGUUGGUCGUCAGUGAUGACCUGGUCAAUGCCAGCGGGAAGAUGUUACUGCUCAAUCGUCUGCUGGGUGAACUGUUCAAACGGGGACACAAAGUGUUGUUGUUCUCACAGUUCACCACCAUGCUUGACGUCAUUGAAGACUGGGCGACCAUGUUCAAAAAGUGGAAAGUGUGCCGGAUUGACGGGUCCACGUCCCAAGAAGAUCGCCGGAGUCAGAUGGAAGAGUUUAACAAUGACACGUCGAAAACCGCUUGCAAAUUGUUCUUGCUCAGUACGCGAGCCGGUGGUCUGGGCGUGAACUUGGUGGCUGCGGACACCGUCAUUUUCUUUGACCAGGACUGGAACCCCCAGAUGGACCUUCAAGCCCAAGAUCGAGCUCAUCGGAUCGGUCAGACUCGCCCCGUUCUUGUCUUCCGACUCGUCUCUGCACAUACCAUUGAGACGAAGAUUCUGCAAAAGGCAGGCAACAAGCGAAAACUAGAAGCUCUCGUUAUCUCCCAAGGCAAAUUUGGACGGAUGGUGGAUGAGAAUGGACGGGUGCUGCUUGGUCGAGGAAAGUCAGGGGCGGCGAAAGAAGGCAAAGAAAGUAUGGCAGAGAUGGCUAGAGCGCUAUUGGAUCUGGAGGGCGAAGAGAUCAACACGGCUGAAGCGGGAGAUACGAUCAUCAGUGAUGCUGACUUGGACAUUCUGCUGGAUCGAUCUCCCGCUGCGUUUCAACGGACGAAAGGUUGGAGUGCAGGACUCGGUAAGGGAGGAGCCAAGACGAGAGCAGAGCAGAUCAAGAAGGGUGAACGGACUGCGUUCGAGGUGUUUGUACCUGGUAAAGAUGAGGCUUCGGAAGGGCUGGCGAAGAUGUUUGAUGGAGACGGAGAGGCAGAAGAGUGAGCGGCGUGUCAGAGAUGCGAGGGCGAAGGGUAUGGACUUUGUCUCGUUUAUAUAUGGACCCCCAUCCCUGUGUCUGUCUUGCUUGGUCUGUGCCAAUUUCUUACUUGCUGCUCUAUUUAUCCAUCAUAUCAGUCCUCCUCCUUCUAUCAUAGAUCAAUCUCCCUACCUUGUUGUACGCGAUGAUCCCGUGAGAUUAUCUAUCUGUCGGAGUUUGUGACAUGUAUCUUGCUUCUCGCGCCAUGACUGGUG